GUCCCUGCAUUCCAACGGAGGACACUCAUCGGUCUUGUACUUGUACAUCCUCGACACAGACAGCAAAUCAUGGGUGUACCCGCACUCUUUCGCUGGCUUAGCAAAAAGUACCCAAGAAUCGUCACCUCUGUUGCUGAGGAAGACGAAACCGAAGUCCCAGACGCUCUCGGAGAACCAAUCAAGCUUCCAGUGGACAUCACCACUCCAAACCCGAAUGGCGUCGAGUUUGAUAACCUCUACCUCGAUAUGAAUGGUAUCGUUCACCCGUGUACGCAUCCAGAAGGGAAGCCAGCUCCGGAAACGGAGGAAGAAAUGAUGCUGGAAGUCUUCAAAUACACGAACCGCGUCGUUAAUAUGAUCAGACCACGGAAGCUCCUUUUCAUGGCCAUCGACGGUGUUGCGCCGCGUGCUAAGAUGAACCAACAACGUUCGCGUCGUUUUCGGUCUGCCCAAGAAGCAAAGGAUAAAGCCGAGGCCCGUAGGCUCGCUGUAGCCGAAUGGGAAGCAAUGGGCAAAACCAUUAGUGAAGAAGAAAAAAACAAGGAGGCGUGGGAUUCGAAUGCGAUCACGCCGGGGACGCCGUUCAUGGACCUACUCGCAGCGUCUUUGCGUUACUGGGUGGUGGAGAAGAUGAAUACGGAUCCCGGUUGGAAGAAUCUUCAAGUAAUCAUCUCGGAUGCAAGUGUUCCCGGAGAGGGAGAGCAUAAGAUAAUGGACUGGAUCCGUCGGCAGCGGGUGAAUCCUGCCCAUGAUCCCAAUACUAGGCAUGUCAUAUACGGCUUGGAUGCUGACCUCAUCAUGCUUGCACUUGCGACGCAUGAGCCUUACUUCCGAGUUCUGCGUGAAGAUGUUUUUGCUCAGGACAAAAGUACAGCCUGCCGAAAAUGUGGUCAAGAGGGGCAUUAUGCGGCGCAAUGCACGGGUCCAGCGCCCGAUGUGCUCGAGAAGCCGAAACCUACCCCACCUGAAAAAAAACCGUUCAUAUUCCUCGAUGUCUCAAUAUUACGCGAGUACCUUGAAGCCGAGCUAUAUGUUCCUUCAGUGCCAUUUCCCUUCAACAUUGAACAAGCCAUCGACGAUUGGGUUCUGCUGAUCUUCUUUGUGGGAAAUGAUUUCUUGCCGCAUCUGCCUAGCUUGGAAAUAAGAGAGGGUGCUAUAGACACACUGCUAAACAUAUGGAAGAAGGAACUUCCGAGAAUGGGCGGAUACCUGACGAACCACGGAAAUUUGGUUUUGGAGAGGGCACAAAUUAUACUAGAAGGACUGGCCAAGAGGGAGGAUGAUAUUUUCCGCAAGAGACAGGAGGCCGAGAACCGACAAGACCAUGAAACGAAGCGUCGCCGCAUCGACGCAUCCAACCGUUCCGAUGUUCGUAACACCACCGGCCCUUCACCCGCUCUAGGCCUCAGUGGGUCAUCGCGCCCUCCAGCAAAUGAUUUUGCCGCCAAAGCCGAUUCCGUCGGCCUCGGUGCGCCGCAGACCGAACAGUCCCGUCUUAAUGCGCCUGCUGCAGCUCAGGCUCUAGCGGGCUCGAACAGGGAUGUAGUAGCAAACCGUGCUGCAAUCCGGCUUGCGAAUAUGAGUGCAGCAGAGAUGCUCAAAGCACAACUUGGGGGAUUGAUGCCAGUGAAACCGAGCGCUUCUGUGUCCGCACCUGUGACGACUACAAUUACUACGACAGAAAUCCAGAGGACAACAUCUGAAUCGAUAACAGAGUCAUCAGAUGAUUUUGAGCUACCUGGCCUCGGAAAUUCCAGUUCUUCCAUGAUCAUUGAUGUUGGACGCGAUAACACCGUUGAAGAAUCUGCUGAGGCAAAGUCACCAGAUGUAUCCUUCGCUUCCUCGGCGGGUACUAAGCGUAAACACUCAGAGGUUGAAGCUGAGGACGCAGAAUUAGAUGCAGAAGAGGACGUUGUUGUUGAAGAAGAGGAAACCUCAGCAGACGAAGAGCCAUCAUAUGCCCUAGUUGUAAGAGCAGACGGAUCUGUGGAACAGGCUGAUAACGUCAGACUUUGGGAAUCCGGGUACAAGGAAAGAUAUUACCAACAGAAGUUUGGAGUUCCAACCUCUGACGCUGACUUCAGGAAGAAGAUUACAUAUUUGUAUGCGGAAGGAUUGGCGUGGGUUUUGCACUACUAUUAUCAAGGGACUCCCUCGUGGCAGUGGUACUAUCCUUAUCACUUCGCCCCUUUCGCCUCCGACUUCGAAGACUUGCAUGAGCUCAAACUCGACUUCACCUUGGGAAGUCCGUUUAAGCCCUACGAACAACUCAUGGGUGUCUUCCCUCCUGCUUCCAGAAAGCACAUACCCGCCGUUUUUCAUGAUCUCAUGAUGUCCCCUGACUCACCUAUCAUUGAUUUUUAUCCGACCAGUUUCCAAAUCGACAUGAAUGGGAAGAAGAUGGUCUGGCAAGGUGUAGCACUCCUCCCGUUCAUCGAUGAGACACGGCUACUGGACGCGAUGAAAGAUGGGUAUGCUGCCCUGACGGAGGAUGAGGUGCGUAGGAACAGCUGGGGGACCAACGUCAUCUACGUCUCCGAUGAACAUAGGCUGUAUCCCUUCUUUGAGAGCCUAUACGGCAAACGGAAGGGCAAGGAGCCUGUACCGAUACCCGCCAACGACUCGAAGGGUAUUAGUGGUAGUGCGCUCCCUAAUCCCGACUGCAUACCAGGCUCGACAUAUUACUCUCCCCUCACGGCCGUCAAGCUGGACGACAUCAAAAAUGAUCGCUCCCUUUCCGCCUUAUACUUUUUCCCCAAGCAACUCAGCCCUCAUCGUUCGAUGCUCCUUCCUGGUGUUCGAAGGCCUCCACGACAACUAUCAGCAGAGGACCUCGACCCCCGGUCCAGGAGGGGCGGUGGCCGUGGUGGUGGCCGUGGCGGAUAUGACCGAGACACCAGUGGACGGAACGGACCUCCACGCGGGUCAUAUCAUCCAUCACCGUCAUCCUACGGCAAUGGCUACAUGCAUAGCAAUGCAAAUGGCCCCUCGUCGUACGGACCUCCACACUCGACUCGCCCGUCCUCGUACUCGCAAUCCCCGCGGCAACCUUAUCCUCCGCCUCAGCCUGGAUUUGGUGGGGUCGGUUCGAACGGGAGGCCGCCUAUACAGAACUAUGGAGGACACACGGACUACCAACGAGGUCACCCUCGGGGCGGUCCUGCUAGAGGUGGCGCGUUGCGGGGUGGCCCCUACGGUGGUCCUCCCAGAGGCGGAGGUCCAUCAAGGGGUGGCCCCCCGGCGUAUGGUGGUGCUAGUCAUGGACAAUAUGACAAUCAACCUCCAUCUUACGGGAGAGGGGGACAUUAUGGCGGAUACGCCAGUGCCAGCGGAGGAGGCUAUGGGGGUGGCAGUGAUGGACACGGCGGGUACGGAGGUUAUGGCAACGAGACAACUUAUGGUGGCUACGGCGCGCGUCAUAGUGGACCACCAAGUCGUGGUGGAUACGGUGGUUACACCGGCGGCGGCGGCAGUAGUAGUGGGUAUGGCGGUCCCUAUCCUCCCAGAGGCAGAGGUCGUGGUGGCUGGUAGCGUACAUGUUAACUUAUCCACAUUCACUAAUGGAUUUCAUAUAAAUAUGUUGCAUCGUGCUAUCUUUUACAAGUGUACAGAAAUGAUUUUACAAGUUC